UUUUCAUACAACAUUCACUCAUUCUUUCAUUUAUUUGUUCCUUCAUUCUACAACUCUUCUUUUGGAAUGACAACAGUGGUCUACAUGUGUCCUCUAAGCACCAACGACUUGCUUCGAAUUUUUGAGAUGCUCGACAGGAAUGGGGACGGGCAAUUGAGUCUCGAGGAGCUCAGCUGGCUCCUCGAGAGGAUUGGCGUGCAGUUCAGCCUGAACGAGCUCGAGUCCUCGGUGGGGAAACCGAGCCUCGACUUCAAUGAAUUCUUGUUCUUCUACAAGUCCAUAUCCAUGCAGCAAAAUUACAAGAGUGACGACGAUCGCCAUGAAGACGGUAACAUUCAUGAGGAGGUUGUCCCUGAUGAAGACGAGAGUGACCUUGUGAAGGCAUUCAAUGUGUUUGAUUUGAAUGGCGAUGGCUUCAUUUCCUGUGAGGAGCUGGGAAGCGUGCUGAGGAGAUUAGGAGUUUUGGAGGAGAAUAGCAGCCGUGACUGCAGGACCAUGAUUCACGUGUACGACACCAACUUGGAUGGCCUGCUUGAUUUUCAGGAAUUCAAAAACAUGAUGUUUCAAAAUACCAUCUCUUAAUUAAUUAGUGCACAAUUAUUUCAAA